GAGCCGGCUUCCGGCCGUCUCCCGCCGGGCGAGGGGGAGGGUCGGACCAUGGACGGGCUCCGGGCUAGCGCCGGGCUGCUGAGGCGCGGGCGGUUGAGGCGCCGGCGCCAGCAACAGCCACACAGCGGGUCGGUCCUGGCCCUGCCCCUGAGGCCCAGGAAGAUCCGACGGCAGCUGAGGAGAAGUGCCUCGUCCCGAAUGGCCGCGCUCAGGGCCCAGACGCUGCCAAGCGAGGACUCGGAGGACUCGAGGGUAGAGUCGACGGUCGGUCAACCCGGGGACCCGAUGGCUGGAGGGGCGGCGGCCCUUUUGGAUGCGACCGGGCGGGAGCCGCACGGCCAGCUCGGGCCCGGGGAGCUGCCGGAGGCUUCGCCCGCGUCCCGCUCCCUGCAGACUCCCCGCGCCCUGGGGGAGGCGCAGACCCCAGCUGCACGCUUGGUGGAAGCGCAGACCCCGCCGGCGCGCCUGGUGGAGACGUCGGCGCUACCCGCGCGCCUGGUGCCGGCCUCGGGGAGCCUGGUGGAGACCUCGGCCCUGCUGUGCUCUGCCCAGCAUUUGGCGGCCGCCCCGCCGUCCGUGGCUUCUGCCACGCUGUCGGGGCCGCAGGGGGGAAGCACGAGCGGGGAGCUGCCCUGGGACUCCCCGCUGCAGCGCAUCUUGGCCGAGCUGAACUGCAUCCCUAGCAGCCGGCGGCGGGCGGCGCGCCUCUUCGAGUGGCUCAUCUCGCCCAUGCCGCCGGACCACUUCUACCGGCGCCUGUGGGAGCGUGAGGCGGUGCUGGUGCGGCGGCAGGACCACAGCUACUACCAGGGUCUUUUCUCUACCGCCGACCUCGACUCCAUACUGCGCAGCGAGGAGGUGCAAUUCGGGCAGCACCUGGACGCCGCGCGCUACAUCAAUGGGCGGCGCGAGACCUUGAACCCGCCCGGCCGCGCUCUGCCGGCCGCCGCGUGGUCCCUGUACCGGGCCGGCUGCUCCCUGCGCCUCCUCUGUCCGCAGGCUUUCUCCACCACCGUGUGGCAGUUUUUGGCCGUGCUUCAGGAGCAGUUCGGAAGCAUGGCAGGCUCCAACGUUUACCUUACGCCCCCCAACUCGCAGGGCUUUGCCCCCCACUACGACGACAUCGAGGCUUUUGUCCUGCAGCUGGAAGGUAGGAAACUCUGGCGGGUCUACAGACCGCGGGUGCCGACCGAGGAACUGGCCCUGACCUCCAGCCCCAACUUCGGCCAGGACGACCUCGGAGAGCCGGUGCUGCAGACGGUGCUGGAACCUGGAGAUUUGCUCUAUUUCCCGCGAGGCUUCAUUCACCAAGCCGAAUGCCAGGAUGGGGUGCACUCUCUGCACUUGACCUUGUCCACAUUCCAGCGCAAUACUUGGGGCGACUUCCUGGAGGCUGUGCUGCCCCUGGCAGUGCAGGCCGCAAUGGAGGAAAAUGUGGAGUUUCGUAGGGGACUGCCCCGAGACUUUAUGGAUUACAUGGGGGCCCAGCAUUCGGAUUCUAAGGAUCCGCGAAGAACCGCUUUCAUGGAGAAGGUGCGGGUCCUGGUUGCCCGCCUGGGACACUUUGCCCCAGUCGAUGCUGUGGCUGACCAGCGAGCCAAGGACUUCAUCCACGAUUCUCUGCCCCCUGUGUUGACUGACAGGGAGAGGGCACUCAGCGUUUACGGGCUCCCAAUUCGCUGGGAGGCUGGAGAACCUGUAAACGUGGGAGCCCAGCUGACAACAGAAACAGAAGUGCACAUGCUUCAGGAUGGUAUAGCUCGGCUGGUGGGUGAGGGGGGCCAUUUGUUUCUCUAUUACACAGUAGAGAACUCCCGAGUUUAUCACCUGGAAGAGCCCAAGUGCUUGGAGAUAUACCCCCAGCAAGCUGAUGCCAUGGAACUCUUGCUUCGCUCCUACCCAGAGUUUGUGAGAGUUGGGGACUUGCCCUGUGAUACUGUGGAGGACCAACUUUCCUUGGCAACCAUGUUAUAUGAUAAGGGGCUGCUGCUCACCAAGAUGCCUCUAACCUGAACUAGUUACUCACUAAAUGCCGGAAAUAAGACAGUAGUGAUUCUCUCCCACCACCUUUUGAGGGAGAAAACUCGUUUUCUUACUUGAUACUCAUCAGUGUGUCUAUAUUUACCUUUAUGACUGCCUCAGUGUCACAGAUGUCAGUCAGUCUUCUAGGAGACACCCCCUCACCUAGGCACAGAAAGAAAAGCAGGAGUUGGAGAUGGAAAAAGGAGCCUGCAGGAGUAACUUGAUUCCUGAUCAUUUUGAGAGACCAACUUCAUCACCCCCCUCAGGCUUCAGAGACUGUGUGGCAUUUGCUUUGUUAUUCUGCUUGAGACAUCAGAAGUUUUUACUUGGAAUUUACAUCCUUCAUUGGAGUUCUCUUUCAUCAGUUUAGGGGGAGGGUUGGGGUCAGUUUCCUGUUUGUUACUGUGAGUUUGUGUGAAUGUUAGAAAAGUUAUUAAAGUGCCAAAGAACUUUC